GCACUUCUAUAGCUUUCCUGCGUGGCCGUGAUUUGACCUAUGCGAAGUCGAGGCCGGCCUGGGCGCAAGCGCGCGUUUCCUGUAAACACGAGCUCGGGUCCAGACCAGCCUGUCGCCAAAUUUGCUGCUGCCCGUAGACGGCGAUGCGUUCCCUGCCAUCCACGCAAAAUAUCGCAAAAGUAAUGACUAAAGCAUGUCACGCUCUUGAUGCAUAGCGCGACGGUAGCCGUCUGCACGUAAUUCAGGAAUGAUUGGGGCAUAACGCAAAUUCGUGCUGUCUUUUCAGGAGGCGGCUGUGCGCCAGCUAGCCAGCUUACGGACGAGUUGGAGCGAGUUGGGGCUGUCGCGUCGCACAUGUCGACACGGGUGGAGAACCCCUUUGACAGCGACCGUGGGCGCCACGCAGCCACUCCCCGAUCACAGAGUACCCCGAGUGUCGUCUCGUUGCUGCAGCCGAUGCAGGUGGAGACGCUUGAACCGCCAAAUGAUAGUAUCUAUGAGUGGGAAAUCCCGGCAAGUCCCGGCGAAAGCAGCCAGGCAGUGUGCAUGCAAGAUGCACAAAAUGGAGCAACCGCAGCUGAGGUCGAGCUGUCGGCAGAAGGGGGACCAGCUGCCUUGCAACCUGCUGUCCUGCAACUGGCUUCCCCAUUACAGGCUGCCCCGUUGCAGACUACCCCUCAACACCCCGCUCCGGCACAACGCAGAAUGCACACAAAGAAAGAAGCUGUUGAGGAAGAGCUCAGCGCCCGCCUUAGCGGUGUUGAAGAGGACAAUAAGCGAAAGAGAAAGGAGCACCUUCUCAAAAUGAAGCUUAUGAGAACUCAGCAUGCGCUUCACAUGAAGCAUGCAAUAGAAAUGCACGAACUUGAUUGUGCAAGUAAGAAGGCUAAACUUGAGCUUCUCACGUUGAAAAUAGCUGCCGUGAGAAAAGCCAAUGCCGAAAGCCCUUUCGACGCUGUUCCUGGUCCGGAUUUGGGAUUUGUUAUAUCUAAAUAA